CGUUCUUUACUGGAAAACAUCACUGCGCUUCCGCCGCACAGCCUGGCGAAGGCUUGGGCUGCCCGCGCGGUGACAGUCGGUGACCCGCACGUGGCUCCCCAGCGGAAUUAUUCCCCUCUCAGGAGAGAGAGAUUCAGGUCUCAUCUUUGCUUCUGAGAUCAUUUGAAUGACAUCGGUGUUGGAGAAGGGAAGAGCGGAGACAAGGCAUCCACAGGCAGCCCUGGAUCCUGAGUGUAAACAUCUGGGAGGAGGCGGGGCAUGCAGGAGAGCCUGGCCUUUCCAGCUUGCCAGGCACAAGGCUGAGCAGGAGGAACCGAGGGGCAUCCAAGUGGGCAGUGUUUUGCCUUUACCCCAAGUGACCAUGAGAGGUGCCAUGCAAGUCUCAAUCAUGCUCCUCCUAGCAACUGUGUCUGACUGUGCUGUGAUCACAGGGGCCUGUGAGCGGGAUGUCCAGUGUGGAGCAGGCACCUGCUGUGCCAUCAGCCUGUGGCUUCGAGGGCUGCGGAUGUGCACCCCGCUGGGGCGGGAAGGCGAGGAGUGCCACCCCGGCAGCCACAAGGUCCCUUUCUUUAGGAAACGCCAGCACCACACCUGUCCUUGCUCUCCCAACCUGCUGUGCUCCAGGUCCCUGGAUGGCAGGUACCGCUGCUCCACGGACUUCAAGAACAUCAACUUUUAGGCGCUUGCCUGGUCUCAGGAUGCCCACCAUCCUUUUCCUGAGCACAGCCCGCAUUUUGAUUUCUGCCAUGCAUCCCAGCUCCCAUAACUCUCCCAGUGCCUGCACUGACUACCCUGAUCUCUCUUGCCUAGUACGCACAUACGCACACAGGCAGACACACCUCCCCUCAUGACAUGGUCCCCAGGCUGGCCUGAGGAUGUCCCAGCUUGAGGCUGUGGUGUGAGAGGUGGCCAGCCCGGGUCUCUUCCCUGCUCAUUUGCCAGAGAAGUGGCAAAUGGCAGAAAGGACAUUCCCCCUCCCCUCCCCAGGUGACCUGCUCUCUUCCCUGGGCCCUGCCCCUCUCCCCACAGGUGCCCCUCGGACUGAACUAGACAUUCCUGAGCACAGGCUCUUGGGUGCCUUGCUGAGUCCCAGGUCCCAGCCUGACCCUUAGGCCCUCUAUGUGAUGUCUAUGGGGACCAAUCUGUGGGUUUUUCAUCUUCCUUUGAUUGGUUAACUCCUUAGUUUUAGACCACAGGGUCAAGGUCUGCUCUCCCCAGAGAGCAGCGGACAGUCACCCCAAGGCGGGUGUAGGGAGCCAGGGAGGUCAAUUAGCCCCCUGAAGGCUCUGGUCCUGGCCAGCCUGUGGCCUGACUUUCUGCCCAAAUUGUCAUGCCUUGAAGGCCCCCUCUUACCACACUUUACCAGUUAACCACUGAAGCCCCCAUUCCCACAGCUUUUCCAUUAAAAUGCAAAUGGUGGUGGUUCAAUCUAAUCUGCUAUUAGAAGGCAGUUAGGGUGUUUCCUUAAACAGCUCCUUUCCAAGGAUCAGCCCUGAGAGCAGGGUGGUAACUUUGAGGAGGGCAGUCCUCUGUCCAGGUUGGGUGGGAGCGAGGGAGGGGGAGUAGGGCAGGGGCUGAAAGGGGCUGAAAGGAAGGCAACUACACACCAAUCUGCUGGCUUCAGAAUAAAAGCAUGAACUGAA